GCGUGCACCGCGCUAGGGUAGCGGAUGCAGUGCAUUGGCCGUUGCCUCAGUUUCAGGCCGGGAGGCCAUGGCAGCAGCGGGGCCGCGGGACGGCGGCGGGGAGGGCGGUGCUGCGGUCCCCUCGCGGAAGCAGUGCCUGAUCCGGCGGAACCACGAGCGGGAGCAGCACGGGGUGGCGGUGUCCUGCCUCCGGGAGCUGCGCAGUAAGGCCUGUGACGUUCUAGCCAUUGACAAGACGUGGGAACCCAUCACUUUAGUACUGGCAGAGGAUGGCACCAUUGUGGAUGAUGAAGAUUACUUCCUGUGCUUACCGGCUAACACCAAGUUUGUGGCAUUGGCCCGAAACGAAAAGUGGUCCAGCAGGAGUCUAGAUGGGGGCACAGCCUGGCUCUCAAGAGAAUCCAUGGAUGAAGUGGACACCAGUGAAGACAAGUGGAAACACCUGGCCCGGCAGCUGAAAGAUGACUUGUCCAGCAUCAUUUUGAUGUCUGAGGAAGACCUUCAGGUGCUCAUUGACGUACCAUGCAUAGAGCUAGCUGAGGAGCUGUCCCAAAGUCAGCCCCAAGUCCAGGUAUUACAGGAUACCCUGCAGCAAGUGCUGGACAGACGAGAGGAAGAACGACAGUCAAAGCAGCUUCUGGAACUCUACUUGGAGGCCUUGAAGAAAGAGGGCAGCAUCAUAAACAAGGCAGCAGAACCAGAAGCAGCACUCAGAGGGGACGUGGAUGUGGUUGACACUGGAGCCAGCGAUCCAGGCACCUCAACCAAAAUUACACUCAGUGACCAGAUACUUACUGCACUGAAAGAAAAACCUGCCCCAGAACUCAGCUUAGACAGUCAGGAUCUGGAGUUGGUUUUCAAAGAAGACACUGAAGUCUUGGCUCUGGCAUUAAGCUGGGACAAGCAAAAGACUGAAGCUCUCCAGCAGGCCUGUGAUCAGGAGCUCUCAAGGCGCCUACAGCAAGUGCAAGCUCUGCAGUCACUGAGGAGCAUGUCAAAGGUCAAGAAAUCACUGCCCUGGGGAGACUGGCUAAGUUCAAAACGCAGGAAGUAAGAAACUUUGUAGACCUUGCUGCUGGCAAUGCUUUAGGUGUCAAGGAAACAUGUCUCUGGGGCACUGGAGCCAAAACAAACAAGUGGUAUAUUACAGUCUUAAUACCACAUUUUGCUGUUCAUGCUAUGCGCUAGCUUUAGCAAACUGAGAAAACUGGGCUUGUCUUGACAGUUAAUUCCUGUGGCAUGAGACUCUAGGAUGUUGUAUAACCAAAGGCAUUAUAGAAAGGGAAGAGGGGAGGUUACGAAUCAGAACUUCAAAUAACUUCUGUGAACACAAUCAUUGUCUUGCUAAAUGCAGUGGAGAGGAGGCGGGAAAGGGAAUAUGGAGCUCCUGAGUGAUAACCAUGGCUCCGACAGUCUUGGUGGCUACAGGAAAGUCACUUACCUUGUCUUUUCUCUCAUCUUAAGAGAGAAUUAUGUACCUCACAGGGGUAUUGUGAGGGUGAGUUAACGAUUAGAAGACACUUUGAGGAUCACUAUGUAAGCAUUCAUUUCUGUACCGAGUGCUGACAUGCAGGAGGGCAGACAGUACCUACUUGUUCAGUUUAGAGUUGUAAUGUAAAGUGCAGCAAUAAGCAGAGCGCUAUUCAGUGUCCAUUCCUGGGGGGGACCUAGUAAGGUUACCACAUUUCCCAGCAACUGCUCUCUUGGCACUGACUAACCCCCAACCUGGGCUCCUGGCACUUGACUUCAGAUUUCACAUUACAAUUUUGAUUAAACCUUUGCUUAAUGGGCCAAAUGACUUUUAGUUUCCAUAACACUGUUUGCACUUCUGGUCAGGAGACUGGCAUGGAACUAUUAUUUGUGAAAUGUUUUGAGGAUAAAAACACUUGGUUAGAAGGCCUCUCACACAAAAUUAAUAUUGGGGAUGUCUGUAUUUCUGUGUUUAUCUUUGAUACAGCAUCAUGACCUUGUUCAUAUCGAUUGACUUUUUUUAAUGAUUGAAAUAUUUUUAAAGGCAUUAAAACCUUUGUACCCUA